AUGCCUCGUACUGGGGCGGAUAUGCCUCGUACUGGGGCGGAUAUGCCUCGUAUUGGGACGGAUAUGCCUCGUAUUGGAGCGGGUAUGACUCGUAUCGGGGCGCACAUGCCUUCCAUUGAGGCGGACAUGCCUCGUAUUGGGGCGGGUAUGACUCGUAUCGGGGCGCACAUGCCUUGCAUUGAGGCGGACAUGCCUCGUAUUGGGGCGGGUAUGACUCGUAUCGGGGCGCACAUGCCUUGCAUUGGGGCGGACAUGCCUCGUAUUGAGGCGGGUAUGACUCGUACUGGGGCGCUUAUGCCUUGCAUUGAGGCUGAUAUGCCUCGUAUUGUGGCGGAUCCGUUCUGUUCUGUAUUGGGGCAGAUAUACCUUGUAUGCCUUGUAUUGGCAGGUAUGCCUUGUAUUGGGGCGGGUAUACCUUGUAUUGGGGCGGGUAUACCUUGUAUUGGGGCAGGUAUGCCUUGUAUUGGGGCAAGUAUGCCUUGUAUUGGGGCUGGUUUGUCUUGCAUUGGGGCGGGUUUGCCUUGUAUUGGGGCAGAUAUACCUUGUAUUGGCAGGUAUGCCUUGUAUUGGGGCGGGUAUACCUUGUAUUGGGGCAGGUAUGCCUUGUAUUGGGGCAAGUAUGCCUUGUAUUGGGGCAGGUAUGCCUUGUAUUGGGGCUGGUUUGUCUUGCAUUGGGGCGGGUAUGCCUUGUAUUGGGGCAG